AUGUCACAGCCUGCUGGCGGACCGGGCUUUGGCCCCAUCGGCCCUUUUGACCUCACUAGAUUCAUGAAAAGGGACGAUCUAACACCCGAAGAUAAGGUAGUGCUCUGGAGGUUUUUCGACAAGAUCUUCGACAAUCUAGUCGACAACGACGGAAACACGCGAUCUCUUGGAGCGAUCAAACAAGUCGUCCAAAAUCCACUGUCAAACCCGCAACUUUCGAACAACCCUCUCCUUACAGGAGUCAACCUUGCACAGGAAGUGCAGACCUGGUGUUCUUUUCUCCAGAACCUCGACAUGCUCAACCAGGGAGUCGCCAAGCUUGGGCAAUCCAAAACGUUUCUCACGGUUCUCGACCAAUAUCUCACUGUUCCUGAAAGGGAGAAUCGUCAAUCAAACGAUACCGACGAAAGCGCUAACCGCACUCCCCUUCCGACGAGACUGGUUAAGUCCUGGAGUGACAAGCUCGCACUCCUUCACUGGGCCCGGAUCCGUAACAAUCAGCCCGUCAACCCCCCUCCACACGACAUCCCAAAGACCUUCGAGGAGGCAAAUGUGCAUGCCGACAAGAUCUUUGAUGGCAUGCACAGAGAGCCUGAUGACAUGGUAGAAAACCUGAUCAUGCAGAAAAAGGCAGAAAAGGCCAACAAAAAGACCGAAGGUGGUAGUAACAACAACGACCAACCUGAUGGUGACGACAACAAGGCAGAGGGUAAUCCUGACGCCAAGAAAGCCGACGACCAAGAGAAGAAGAUCCACCCCCAGGCACAACGGGCCAGGGACAUGUCAGAUCUCUCCCUGUACGUCAUGAGUUGGGAGCUCUAUGACGGAGCGGUGAAGCAGAAAGUUGGCAGACCGGACACUAUGAUCUACAGCAACGAGUCUGGCGUUAAAGCCGGAAGAUACAAGACCUUUCCAGAGCUGAUUCAAGGUGUAACAAACCUAGUCACGCGGUCCAAGGCGUCAAUCGUGAACGUCACUCAAGUCCAUCCCCUUACGCGCUUUGCGGCUCAUCCAACCCAAGAGCUUUCGACCAAGGUGACAAACGCGGUAACGAACGCCAUUCGUGAUUCGGAGAUUGUAGAGGGCAAGAGGGUCCUCAAAAAACAGCCCAAGAAAGAAAGGCCUGUGAAGAGAAAGGCACCGGUGACUCGUGCAACUCGCCAACGCCGUGCCCCCAAUCCCUCCGCGCCCGCGACACAACAAGGCACGAGCCAAAUUCAGGCGACCACCGAGCCAGUUACCGUGCAACAGCCCCCGGUUUCCUACGAGCCUGCAGAUGAUGCCAACCUCGACCAAGCCGAGCUUAAUGACCUCGCCCUCGAAAGACCCACGAAAAGAAGGCGCGGAGCCGCAUCUUUCCCUCAAGGAGUGGGACAGGAUCAAGGAGAAUGGCUAGGUACGGAAGGCCAGACGGCUCAGAGUGUUGCGGGACAUGGACAGCCUUCUUCCUUUGACGUCCGCGAAAAUCUGCCCGGCGCGGCCGACAGUUGGGCCGCCCCUAUGGACAACACCAAUUCCAUGUUGCUCAAUAGGCCUUCGGAUGAUUUUCAGAUGCGACAUGGACGAAGCUUGCGGACCACAAGCAUCCCAAUGGCUGUCGGAAACAACACUGCCGAGCCAUCACUCAAUCCUCAGUCUCACAACUGUUCCUUUCCGGCAUUCGCGCCAAUACCCGACAAUGGUCUUAUGAGCAAUGGUUCCGCGUCCGGCAACACCUCUACCGCACCUUACAACCAGCAGCCGUUCACAACAUUCGGCUCAAUGCCCGCUGAUGCUGCUGUGCCGAGCAAUGUUUCUGGAUUCGACAGCAACCUAGUGCCGUCCAGAAAUUGGGCUUCUGAAGCUGAUAGUCCUCCGGAUCAGGACUAUUUUGAUCUGCUUGAUUAUAAUGUCAACGCUGCCAUGUCCUCAAUACCUUCAGCUGCCAUCGAUCCUUGUCUGCAGACAGGCAUGUAA